CCUUAGUUCAUUUUGAGCCUUGGCUUUCCUUACUUCAUCUUUGCAGGCUUGGGAUAUUUGCAGAUAUUUACUACAGGACAUGGUUUGAUAUGCUAUCUAUUUUACCUACAUUCUAAAGCAUUUUAAAAAUUUAAAGAUUUUGUGUUAAAACAUGCUGGCUGAGGAAUUCUGAGUGUUGAAGUCCACAAAUCUUAAAAAUGCUGAGGCUGGAGACCCCUAAAUUAUUGCUUCCCUUUCAUUCUAUUGUCUGCAUUUUAUUCUCCAGGAGACUUUCUUAGUACUCUAGAACACUUUCAAGUAAAUGGAGGACUGUUGGUUUGUUUGAACCAGUCAUAAAAUUACCUGUUGAUAUAAUACACAAUUGCAAAAUCAUUACAAAUUAUUGAUAUGCUCUCCAGGGGUUGCAUUGACAAUUCUGGCCAUGACAAUAGUUGUAUCAAGAGACUUUGUAGAAAAAAAGUCCUUCAUUUAUAUCAUGAUCCCAAACUGCUUAUCUAACAUAAUUGAUUGCUACAUAGUGAAGACCUUAUCUUAUCUGUGAUAAGUUGUGAAUUGUAGCUGAAAGGUACCUAAGUCCAGUCAGACAAUUUGAACAGACAUCUGAACAGCCCUGGGCCAUACAUUUAUGUAGCCUAAAUAUAAUCACCAGCCUUCAUCUCAGAUUUGUGGAGUAAUGUUAAAUUUGCAGCAAUAACAGGGAAUUAAGAGGAAUUAGAGCCUCUAUUCCCACUCUUCUCCAACUAUCUACAUAGAUAUUGUUGUUUGCAUUUCUUAGGUUCUAACUCCAAAAAUUCUUGAAAUAUGAUUCUUCAAACAAGAUGCUCAGCUAUUCCACUACUGUUUAGAUUAAAAUAUUAAAUAGAUCUAUGAAAUAGGAUUAUUAUGUUGUUAUUAUGGAUUCAGUCUUAAGGUAGGAGCUGGGGGGGGGCUUAUGAAAACAUACGUUCGUGCAAAGAAUACAUUAUUUCUCAGCUCCGUUUGAUUGGCUUUCUACAUUAAAAUCACUUUCUGCCGUAGACCUAUCUCCUACAUUUCAGAACAGAAAAGUAAGUCUCACAUGGUUAGAGUUAAAGGAAAUUAUAAUCAAUUGUUUCCAGAGUACAUUGUCUCCCAUUUUUAAAAUAUCUUUAGCUUACUCAAUGGAGCAGCUUCCAAAGAGAACAUAUGUUUAAAAGGAAAUGAUGGGUUGUCCUUGCUUGAGCAGUUAUCAGGAAUAAGAAGCAUGACAAAAUGUAACAGUACAGUAGGGUUGCUGCUUAAAAUAAGUGUUGCUUCAUUUAAACAGAGCACCGCUUUUAUUUUCAUUUUUUCUCGUUACCAGUAAUCAUCUAAGCUUUUUUUUCUGUUGUCCAUCCUAUUUAGAGGGAAAAAGAGAACUUAGUAAUCACAACUCUACCAAAGAAUAGAGGCAAUAUUUUUAAGAGAUAGAAUUAAAUAUAAUAGAUUUAUUCUAAUUAUAUUUAAUUGAACACAUUGUAGUGAUUUAAUCGUAUAGGGUCACCUGACUAAUUGUACUUUAGUCAGCCACAUCAGUGUAUGAAUUGCUUUCAAGAUAAGUAAAGAUAUAAAUCACUCCUUCAGAAAGUUUUACUCUAGACUGGAUAGGAAACCUUUUUUAGUUCUACGUUUUUUUGUAAUAGCUAGCAACCAUGGCAUUUGAUGGUACCUGGAAAGUAGAGAAGAGUGAAAACUAUGAAAAGUUCAUGGAAGUAAUGGGUAUUAAUUUAGUGAAGAGGAAGCUUGGAGCCCAUGACAACCUAAAACUCACAAUCAAACAAGAGGGAAAUAAAUUUAUCGUUCAAGAAAACAGCAAUUUCCGCAGCAUAGAGAUAGUGUUCACUUUGGGAGUGAAUUUUGACUACAGUUUAGCUGAUGGAACUGAACUCAAUGGGUCCUGGGACUUGCAAGGAACCCAAGUGAUAGGUGCAUUCAACCGGAAAGAUAACGGAAAGAAACUUGAAGCACUGCGGGAAAUUGUAGGAGAUGAAAUGAUUCAGACUUACACCUACGAAGGAGUAGUAGCCAAAAGAUUCUUCAAGAAAGCAUAAACAACUAUUGCUGAAGACUGAAAACCAAUGGAAGACCACUUGUGUAUUCUUUACAACAUUUUCUUAACCAAAUAAAAGUAGCAAAGUACUAAUAUUCGCUUAAGAUGUAUGUAUCUUUUAUGUACCAUGACUAUUUAGCUAAAUGUUGCUGCUGAGUACAAAUCUAAAAUUUGCUUUUUAUAAAUGGAAAAAAUAAACCUUAUUUCUAUUCUAUAUUCUA